UGGAGAGGCUGUGUGCAGGGCUACCUGUUUUUCUCUAUGUUUUUCGACCCUCAUGAUGCCUCGACCCUCUUGUAUUUUCUCGACCCCCCGUUGGCUGUUGGCUGGGCCUCCCCGUGUGUUUGCCUUGGAUGGUUUGCAGACCCCCUCUCCGGUCGCAGAGGAGGAUUCUAAGGGUAGUGACCCGGACCUAACUCCCGAUACUUGGUGGGACAACACCUUGUCCAAAUACGAGUGGCUUCGGGAUCUUCCAUCCCCCUCAAAACCUACCAAGGCGCUGAUCUCGACGCUAAACAAGCACAUCUUGGAAGAGGUGGGGAGGUUGGUGGGUGCGGGGAAGUUCCCCCACCUCACAAGGGUGACGAAAUUUAACGAGUGGGCGGAGCUGGCCUGGACUUUCAAAAAUGAUAGGGCGGUGUUAGUAGAGUUGAUCGAGAGAUACGCAGCAAACGCAGAAAAGGUGGCUUCCAAGGAUUUGAAGGAAGACCGGACCAUCGAGCUGAAGACGUCGGAAGCGGAGAAGGUAUGGUUGAAGGCCUGGGGGCUGCCAUCGACUCAUCUGGACUGGUUCAUGGCACGGUACAAUACGGAGGAGGCGGACGGGGGUUCUUCUAUGUUGGAUGUUUUCAACUUGGACGAGGACGAAAGGAUGGAAGUUGAUUUCCUCAUAGCGCCAGGAGCGGAUCUCACUGAGAGGCACAAGAGACCUACGGCGAGGGAUUAUGAGAGGCACACAUUCCUCCCAUUGGUGAGCUCGCACUGGAUUGAGGAUAUUGCGUGUUCUGUCCAAGAUAGGGUGUGGAGGCUCGAGUCAUUCAAUCAUCUUGCUCCAAUCGGCAUUAAGGCGUAUAAGUUUUUGGCGGGGGCGAAGAAGGAGGAUCUGGAGGAGUGUUACAACGAUGCGCUCGCAGGCGUGUUAGUAUAUGGGGGGAAGAAGAAGACACCCCAUAAGGGUGGCCGGUUGUCUUUCCCUGCUCUGCAAGAGCUGGAUGCGGAGAAGUGCCAGUACCAGAAGUCGGUGGUCAUGCAGAAGACCGCCCCGUUGAGCUGUGCAAGGGACCUUAACGAGCUGAAGAAGUUCUGGAACAUGGGAAGACCAUAUUUGAAAUGCAAGUGGGGGUACCAGAACACUCGGAAGUGCGACGCUGGGCUGCUUUGGUUUGAUCAGGUCCUAUGGUACCUCUUCGGCGAGUCUUCGCCCACCUGGAGGUCAUCAUUCCUUCGACAAAUUCAGGGAAGGCCAGGUUUGUCACGGUGUUACAGCACUGCCGUAGUACGUGGCGGCCUUUGAUGCUGGCUAACAUCACAUUCAUCUAUAUCCGCCACUUCAUGAUGCUCGCCUCCCAAGCUCUCCUGCGCAAUCCGACCUGCACCCCUG